AUGGGUUCGGGUCAAUGCAGUGGCAAGAACCCUCUGCUAUGCACACUGCACGGCAUCUCCAAGUGGAAAGACAAACAGGAAGCGUUCUCUGCUGCUCUGGAGGGUUGCUUCUCCGCUGCUCAGCUGCCACCCCAGCCCCCUGUGGCUGCAGCUGCUGCAGCUGUACUCGCUAUAGAGAAGGAGCUGGACUCGUUAGUGGAGAGGCUGAAGGCGCUGGAGGCGAGAAUCCGCGAAGGCGUGGGAGCUGUUCCCUUUGCUGGUGAAAGUGCAGCGUACACCGUUUCUGAGCGAGGAGCAUCUGGGGAGGUGUUCCUGAGCGAGGAGCAUCCGGGGGAGGUGGUAUCUGUGUGGCAUGACCUGCGGGAGACGAAGCGGCAUGAGGAGGAGCUGAGGCAGGCCAAGGAGGUGGCAGAGGCGGCGAGUCAAGCCAAGAGCCAGUUCCUGGCGAACAUCAGCCAUGAGAUCCGCACGGCCAUGAAUGCCAUGAAACCUGCACACGUGUGGAUGGUAUGGUGCGUGCACGUGGGAUUGCUGGGGGUAGCGGAGCUGCUACUACAAACGCCUCUAACCACCGAGCAGCAGCAGUACUGCGAGGUGAUCCGCUCGUCGGGAGACAGCCUGCUGCACAUCACACCAUGCCAGCCAUCGCCCCUCCCCCACUUCCCUCCUCCCCCCCAUUGCCCUCCCCCACUUCCCUCCCUCCCCCCAUUGCCCUCCCCAACUUCCCUCCCUCCCCCAAUUGCCCUUCCCCACUUCCCUCCCUCCCCCCAUUCACCCCGGUGUGCUGGGAGUGGCGGAGCUGCUGAUGCAAACGCCUCUGAACCCCGAGCAGCAGCAGUACUGCGAGGUGUGCUGGGAGUGGCGGAGCUCCUGUUACAAACGCCAUUGACAGCCGAGCAACAGCAGUACUGUGAGGUGAUUCGCUCGUCGGGAGACAGCCUGCUGCACAUCAUAUCGGACGUACUCGAUAUAAGCAAGAUCGAGGCACGGUCGCUAGCGCUCGAGUCGAUUCCGUUCCACCUGCAGCAGACAGUAGAGGACGCUGUGGCUGCUGUUGCUGUGCUGGCACGGCAGAAAGGGCUCAAGACAGUUGAGGACGCUGUGGCUGCUGUUGCUGUGCUGGCACGGCAGAAAGGGCUCAGGAGUGUCAAUGGCACGGCAGAAAGGGCUCAGUUGGAGGUGGAAAUGGAUGGCUCUAUGCCUCGCUGCAUGGUGGGAGACCCCUCUCGCCUGCGCCAGGUGCUGCUCAAUCUCCUCUCCAACGCCAUCAAGUUCACCCACCAGGGAUUUGUGAAGCUCCGGGUUUUCACAUCGAACGUCAAAGCAGAGGAAGGCUCUAAGGACCGUGCAGCAGCGGCAGCAGCAGCAGCAACAACACCUUGCGUCGAAGCCCCUCAGAGCUCAACAGUGGGCGCACCAGGUUCAUCAGCAGCAGAGGCAGCAGCUGAGGCAGCAUCUGAGGAACUGCAGGGGGGAGACGUCGAGAUGCCGUUGCAGCAUUUGGGUUCUCAGAAUGGUGGGGGGAAACGCAAGAUAAUGGACUGCAGUUGUGAGGGGGAAGAAUGCUGCACGAACGCAGGUGCGGCAGGAGCAGCAGCAGACAGCGCCAGUGGGGAGGAUGGUGGUUGCACAGUUCUGAAGCGCAGCGGAAGGAGCUCUGGUGGUGGGCCAGCAGGAGGGAUUGACAAGGAGCAGGCCGGUGAAGCAGGCGCAGCAGCAGCAAACAGGGCCAGUGGAGACGAUGGUGGUUGCACGGUUCGGAAGCGCAGCAGAAGUUCUGGUGGUGGGGCGGCAGGAGGGAUUGACAAGGAGCAGGCAAGGGAGGAACCAGAGGGGCAAGCAGAGGCAGUGACUUCUGAGACGUCUCGAAAGGAUGGGGCUUGCACGGUUGGUGGGGCGGCAGGAGGGAUUUCCAAGGAGCAGGCAAGGGUGGAACCAGAGGGGCAGAGCGAGGCAGAGGCAGUGACGCAAGUAACGUCUGGAGAGCCUGAGAUUGGGAAAAGCGAUGAAGGGUGCAUAUCAGGAGGAGCGGCAGUGGCCAUGGGUGGAACAGGGACAACAGAGGCAGCAGCAGCACCACCAGCAGCAGCAGCAGCAGCAGCAGCAGCAGCAGCAGCAGCAUGUCGAAAAAGUGAUACAGAAGGGAAGGAAAUAACAGUGCGGUUUGAGGUGGUUGACUCGGGCAUAGGCAUCCCCGCAGCAAUGCUCCCGCGCCUCUUCCAGCCGUUCAUGCAGGCAGAUGAGUCCACCAGCCGGAGAUACGGCGGCACGGGGCUCGGCCUCGCCAUCUGCCUCUCACUUGUUACUCUCAUGGGCGGCAUCAUCCACGUGUCCUCGGUGGCCAGUCCAAAACCUGCCGACCAUGUGCCUGUGGCAGGAUCUGCAGGUGAUGCGUAUGCAGGAAGCAGGAACUCCAUCAGUCCCACCAGUACAAUCACUACUCCCACCGGCAUCACCAGCCCCACCAGUCCCACUAAUCUCACCUGUCGCACCAGUCCCCUAGCUGCUGACCCAACUGCAGGUUCAGCAGUCUCGUUUGAUGCUGCUGAAGCUCAACCUAGGCGUGGCACCACGUUCCGGUUUACUCUGCCCUUUAAAGUGGCUGAACAACAGCAGCAGGGCUUGGAGGGAGAGCCGCAGGAGCAGGGCAAGCAGCAGAUGAAUGCCAAGGAGGAAGCCAAGGAGAGCAAGGUUACAGUGGCUCAGCAAUGGCGGAUGCAGGAUCCGCUGCGAAUGGAUCGAAGCCAGGAGCACGUCCGUGUAUCUUCAUCCAGCGAUCAAGUUACAGGAGCUUCUCUAUCCGUAAAGGCACCAGAUUUACUGAAAUCGCCUCCUCGGACAGCAUCAGCGUCAUUUUCAGGAGUGCGGUGUCUGGUGGUGGAGGAUAAUGCGGUGAACCGCAUGGUGGUGGUGCGUCUGCUGCGCAGCCUGCAUGUGAACAGUGAUGUGGCUGAGAAUGGCGUGCUUGCUGUGCAGGCGUGCCGCAAUAAGGAGUACGACCUUGUGCUCAUGGAUGUCCACAUGCCCGAAAUGGACGGCUUUGAAGCCACCUGCAACAUCCGGGCCCUCCAUGCACACCGGAGGGUGGAUUGA